AUGAGUUCGGGGAAAAAAAUAAAAACCAUCGAAAAUGAGAGCGAUGAAAACUUACCGUUCGAUAUUUACGAUUCGGGUUACCCGGCAAGAAUUAUUUCUUCCGAAAACAACAGUAGUUCUUUUAUGGACUCAAAAUCGUCAGUACGUGUGGCGUCGAAUACCGGUGGAACUGCAUUAAACGAUUAUGAUGUGGACGACGAAGAAGACUUCAUAAAAGUGUACUUCGCGUCUGGCACAGUACUGAAGCCGUCCGACAAACCGUACGAUCUGCGGUCGAAAAUAUACGAAGCAAACCGAGAAUUAGCAAACGCCAGCGAGAGAAAAUUUGUGAACGUGCCGGGAAAAGUCAAGUUCGACAACACUGUCGUGGUAUUGGACAGUUUCGAAGACAUUGGUACAGUGUCGAUCGGCACGGAAACACUUCAAGGGGCCGAAGUUAUUCUUUCCGAUCGUCCAAUCGAUGACAUCGAGGAUAAAGACAUUUUGGCCAAAAUUGAUUUGUUAAGAGACGAUGAUGCAGACGACCAAAACGACGUGGUAUGCAGUUCGGCUACCGAUAGGACGCAGGACACAGACACAGAUGACAAAGCUUAUUCAAGCACUUCGUUCAGCAGGAGUUUUUCGUCUGAUUCCGACGACCCGUUGUUCAUAAACGUCAUAGAGUCCGGGGAUGAGUUCAAGACGAUCAUGGACCGGAACAACAAGACCCGCCAAGGAUCGGCGAUUGACGAACAUGUGACGUACUUCCCGGAACUGUUCACCCACACGCAAUACAAGAUGUACGAAAACUGUGCUGAAAAGCCGCUGGAAGAAGGUGAUGUAAACAUAUACGUUCCCAAGAAACUGGACGCGGAGGAGCUGAGAAGCAAGCUGAAGGAAAUCACCGGAGAGCGUAAACGUGCGGUGCAGGUGGCGGGGGCUUCGAACGACAGGAAAGUCGACUGUAAGCCCAUGAAAAAAGUCGGUUGUUUCACAUCGUUGCGGAACGUACAAAAAAAAAUCAAGCAAAAUAUAAAAACAUCCGAGAAAAAGGUCCAACCGUCGUCUACCCAGAUUCAGCAGCAGAUGAUCAACUGCAGCAACGGUAACAACAAUAACAAUAAUAACAACAACAUCAAUAUUAAUAAUAAUAAUAUAAAUAAAAACAACAAGGCUCGAGUGACAUAUUACUUUGAAAUGGACCCAAAGGGUAAGCUCAAACCGCUGAACAGUAAGAAUAAUCGGCAGGCAGUCGACGAAACGAGUUCUUCGAACAACUGUAAAGAAAAAUCUGCGAAUAGAUUCUUCCACAUAAACCUGAGGGCGGCGAAAAACGGCCAAAACGCCAAGCCCCGUAUAACCAAGACGCCAAACGCAGAUUUGUUUCUGGAAUUUCAGACGGACAAGUCCGGAAACAACAAGGGCGCGAAGUUAGUGAUAAAAAAAAAACAGUCCACGGCUGGGGAAGAGCUGCAACUCAGCCCGACAAGCUUGAGCGGUGGAGGUACCAACAAGAAGUCCUCCGCCGCCGGCAGUGGCGAACGUCCCCGUUUGCCGGGCUACAACGGCCUCCGAUCCGAGUACGGGCUGUCGGCUGAACAACUGUUGGAGAGGCGCAACACGAGAAUGGAACGAGAGAGGCGGAGGAAAGAGUUGAGGCAGAAGAAACACGAAGAAGAGCAGAAGAAGAGGGCGGAAAACGAAAAAAAUUUCUAUAAAUGGCUGCAGCAGAAGAAACAGCUGAAGAAACACGCGAAGACCAUCAGACGCAGCUAUCCCAUGAACAGACUGACGGUGUCUUCAACAAGAGUUUCCAUAAAUUCUAUACACGACCAUGAUCGACGCAAAGGAUCAUUUGCUCUGGAAGAGUUGUUAAAGAUCAAAGACGAAAAUAGCGGAUGGUUUAAGUUUUAA